AUGCCCUACUUAUUGAAAAAUAAGGAACCUGCCAUGGGUGUAAGGGUGCAGUACAGGGGCCUUCCUGGAGGCACGCACAGGCUGAGGUUCGCGGACGAGCUACCUCGCCACCUGAUGUGCGGCCUGUGCGGUAUGCUUUCUCUGCAAAUGUUCGAGGACAAGCAAGGACACGCCUUUUGCAACGUCUGCAUUGGUCAGAAGAGUCAGGCGGCUGCAAUAUAUUGCGGGUACGAGAACAGGGACGUCGCUCUCGAUGAGCUGGUUGAAUCGUAUUAUAUCUUUCAAGUAAUAAAAGACCAGGUUGUGUUUUGCCCUAACGAACAAGAAGGUUGCCCUGCGUAUUCCCCACUGUGUGAAAUGGAGGAUCAUUAUCUUCGGUGCGAGAAGACGGAAAUAGAGUGCGGGCAAUGCCAGCAACGAAUCGCAGGGCGUCACUGGAAGAAUCACUUGGUCAAUUGUCCCCGAAAAAUAGUACAGUGCUGCUUUUGCGUGGCGGCCUUCCCUCAAAUUGAUAUUCAGACGCACCAGGCUCUGUGUGCAGAGAAUCCGGAACGCAUUACGUCAUCGAAUGCUCGGAAGUUUUACAGGAGCAAUACCUCGGCAUCGCCACUUUCUGCGGAGAGAGGAAAUAAAUCAAUAUACGCUUCCACUGAUUGGAACCUCGUGUGCGAAGAUACGUGGAAGAGGUCAUUGAUGCAAAGCACUUACAUGGCUUGCUUAAUGUUGGCGAUACUCCUCAUCGGCAACAUCUCGGACAGGUUUGGAAGAAGGGUUGUGGCCAUUUUUAGCACCAUUUGCUUGUGCGCUUCGGCGUUUGCCCUAACUUUUAGCUCGAGUCUCAACUUCUUUCUGGUUGCGAGAAUCGGCCUGGCCUUUGCCAUAUCUGGACUCCAAGUGGCCUGCUUCAGCCUGCUCGCAGAAACCAUCGGACCGAAAUUUCGCAUAGCGUUGAACGUGUGCUACGGCUACGGAUGGAUUAUCGGCCUCCUCCUGCUGCCUGGCAUCGUUUGGCUCGCCCAGGACUGGAGGAAACUGCUCAUCGUUCAAGCGGCCAUCGCGGCCCCACUCAUGUUUGCGCUUCCAUGGCUGUACGAGUCGCCCAGGUGGCUCGUGAGCGUCGGAAAGCAAGCCGAAGCGGUCGAUGCAAUCCGCAAGAUCGCGCAUUUCAAUAAGAAGCAACUCGGCAACGUCGAGAAGGAAGUUGAAGGCCUAGUGAAGAGGAAGCAGAACGUAAGCGCAAAGUUCAUGUCAUCGUACAGUAUCUCAGUCAUAUUCUUUUGA